CCCUCCCAUUUCUCCUGUGCAUUUUGGAGAGGAGUGAGUGUGUGUGACCUACUCUGGAGAGAAACAGACAGAGACGACCCGAGGAUGAAGCUAGUGUUUGUGGCUGUGUUAGCGCUCUGUACGCUCAGCUCUGUGGAUAGAGUGGAUUCUUCAGCCUACGACAAGAUAGUGACACACAGCCGCAUCCGGGCCAGACUCCAGGGACCCAAUGUGUGUGCCAUGCAGCAGGUGAUGGGGACCAAGAAGAGGAAGUACUUCAGCACAUGUAGGACCUGGUAUAAAGGCUCUAUCUGUGGGAAGAAGACGAUGGUUGUCUAUGAGUGCUGUCCAGGCUACAUGAAGCUGGAAGGCAUGAAAGGAUGCCCUGCAGUGGCUCCUAUAGACCAUGUGUAUGGCACAUUGGGCCUGGUGAAGGCUAGGACAACCCAGAAGUAUUCAGCCCUCUCUAAGCUGAGGGAAGAGAUUGAAGGGAAGGGAUCGUUCACUAUGUUUUCCCCUAGCGACGAAGCCUGGGACCUGCUGGACCCUGAGGUGGUUGGUGCCUUGGUGAGCAACGUCAACAUCGAGCUGUACAACGCCCUGCACUAUCACAUGGUCAACCAUCGCAUGCUAACGAAAGACCUGAAGAAUGACAUGUCUAUCACCUCCAUGUACAACAACCAAGGACUCUACAUCAAUCACUACUCAAAUGGGAUCGUCACGGUGAACUGCGCCAGGAUUAUCCAUGGUAACCAGGUGGCUACCAAUGGAGUGGUUCAUGUCAUCGACCGUGUCAUCACUAACGUGGUCAACACCAUACAGGACACCCUGGGAGUUGAUGACGACCUCUCCUCUUUCAGCGCUGUCGCCUUGGCCUCAGGUGUGAUGGAAAAACUGGGCCAGCCAGGUCACUUCACCCUGUUCGCUCCCACCAAUGAUGCCUUCAAUAACCUUGAGGCUGGCUUCCUGGAACGCAUUAUGGGAGACAAUGCUGUUAUCGCAGCCCUGGUGAACUACCACCUGUUGAACAGUGUGCAGUGCUCUGAGGCCAUCACGGCAGGCUCUGUGCACGAGACAGCAGAGGGAAGCACCGUUGAGAUCGGCUGCGACGGAGACAGCCUGACGGUCAACGGUAUCAAGAUGGUCCUGAAGAAAGACAUUGUCACCACCAACGGAGUCAUCCACCUCAUCGACCGGGUCCUCAUACCUGACUCAGCCAAGGAGGUGAUGGAGCUGGUUGGUGAAUCCCAGAGCACCUUCAGAGACAUGGUGUCAGAGCUCGGCCUAUCAGCUGCCAUGAAGCCAGAGACAGAGUACACGCUAUUGGCUCCCCUCAACACAGCUUUCUCUGAUGAGGUGAUGUCUUUAGACCAGAGUCUGUUGAAGGUGAUCUUGAAGAACCACAUUCUGAAGCAAAAUCACAAACUGAGUGAACUCUACAACGGACAGCUGCUGGAGACCGUCGCUGGAAAGCAAAUACGAGUCUUCAUCUACCGCACUGCUGUGUGUAUAGAGAAUUCCUGCAUGGUGCGGGGCAGUAAAGAGGGCAGCAACGGAGCCCUUCACCUGAUGAGGUCUCUCAUCAAACCAGCUCAGACCACCAUCUACAAGGUUCUCAUGGCAGAUGGACGCUUCAAUAUCUUCCUGUCUCUGAUGAAGAGUGCAGGUCUGACAGAGCUGUUGAAACAGGAGGGUUCCUACACCGUUUUCGCACCCACAGAUGAAGCCUUCGACGGGAUCACAGAACAGGACAUCACCCUGCUGGCCAGCGACGUGAACGCUCUGAGGACCAUCCUCCUGUAUCACUUCAGUAACGGAGUGUUCAUCAACGGGGGACUGGAGGGAGGGGUCACCAACCUGCUCAAGACCAUCCAGGGACACAACCUGCAAGUGCUGUCUGUGAACAAGUCCAUCCAGGUGAACUCGCUGGACGUGCCAGACAUUGAUCUGAUGGCCACCAACGGAGUGAUUCACGUAGUAAAGAACAUCCUUUACCCUGGGGACCUGCCUGUGGGUCGCGAGUCCCUGCUGGUGCUGCUGAAGAAACUCAUCAAGUACAUCCAGAUCAAGUACGUCUCUGGAUUCUCCUAUACCAAAAUCCCCCUCACCUUCAUCAAGAGGACAAUCACCACAACAACUCACGUCCAAGCGGAAUCACACGUGGAUUCAGUGCCUGAAAUCACCAAGGUGACCAGAGUGAUCAAAGGAGAGCCGACCCUCACCAAGGUUACGAGACGCAUCGAGGGAGUACCGUCCGUCACCAAGGUUACGAGACGCAUCGAGGGAGUACCAUCCAUCACCAAGGUUACCAGGGUCAUCGAGGGCGAACCCGCUAUCACCAAGGUUACCAGAGUUGUCGAGGGCGAACCCGCUAUCACCAAGGUUACCAGGGUCAUCGAGGGCGAACCCGCUAUCACCAAGGUUACAAGAGUUGUCCAGGGCAAACCCGCUAUCACCAAGGUUACAAGAGUCGUCGAGGGUGAGCCUGCCUUCAACAAGGUUACCAGGGUCAUCGAGGGAGAACCAAGCAUUACCAAGGUUACCAGGGUCAUCGAAGGAGUGCCUUCCAUCACAAAGGUCACUAGAGUUAUUGAGACUCCCCGUGGUUCCUCCGAUGGAAGGCUGAAGACUGAAGGAGACAUCAACCAGAUGCUUGAGGAAGGUGGAACCGGACACACAACGGUCACCAAGAUCAUGGAGCCUCACAUCAUUGAGGGCCCAGAAUUCUCUAAGAUCACCACCAUCCAUGGCAACCCGGAAAUGAUCGACCAAGAGUCAGAGAGGAUCACCAAACUAAUCCAAGGUGGAGGUGGUAUAGGGGCCCCUGCCAAAAGAGCUCCUGUUGGUGUAAGGAGGAGGAAGGUAAGGCUGGUUCGACGCCACAACAACCAAAAGUCACAUCCAGCCAAGACCAGUCCAUACCAGUCCAGGCCUGCCCAGUCCAUAUCAGUCCAGCCCUGACCAGUCCAUAUCAGUCCAGUCCUGACCCGCCCAGACCAGUAAAGACCAGUCCAAACCAGUAAAACCAAACGAGUAAAGACCAGUCCAGACCAAUCCAGACAAGACCAGACCAGUAAAGACCAGUCCAGACCAGUAAAGACCAGUCCAAAUGUAUUUAUAGAGCCCUUCGUACAUCAGCUGAUAUCUCAAAGUGCUGUACAGAAACCCAGCCUAAAACCCCCAAACAGCAAGCAAUGCAGGUGUAGAAGCACGGUGGUUAGGAAAAACUCCCUAGAAAGGCCAAAACCUAGGAAGAAACCUAGAGAGGAACCAGGCUGUGGGGUCCAGACCAGUAAAGACCUGUAAAGACCAGUCCAGACCAGAAAAGACCAGUCCAGACCAGUAAAGACCAGUCCAGACCAGUAAAGACCAGUCCAGACCAGUAAAGACCAGUCGAGACCAGUAAAAACCGGUAAUGAACAGUCUAGAGCAGACUAGCCCUGUGGGAAUAUCUUUACAGAUCACCAUAGAGACACUGCAAGGAGCUCGCCAAGGUAUACAGCAACACAAAAACACUUUCUAAGUUCCCUUGAUGGGAAACAAAAGGAAGAACCCAUGUGGAACAUCUAUAACAGUCAAGUAAUCGCUCUGGGGAGCAAAAGAGGUUGGAAAUACGCAUUUUGGGGGGGUUGAAAAGAUGUUGGAAAUGCUGUAUAUCUUUUUUGGUUGAAAAGAAGUUGAAAAUACAUAGUUUCAACCAAUUUUGCUCACUGGGCAGCGGUGAACAAUGAAAUCAACCUAGAGUGAAUCAACUGGGCCAAUGGUGUCGGACAUGAUGUUUUAACAAUGCUAAGAGAAUCAGUUAUCCUACAUGUAAUGUUUGUACUGUAUGCCAAGAAAUUAACUUUUAUCAACUUUUGCUUUGGUAUGGAUUAGGUAGAACAUUGGAUGUAAUAAUUGUAUGGUGGAAAAGAAUAAACAUUUGUUUUUUGUUAAUCACAUUAAAUCACAUGAAGACAUUUUGUACGUUUUUUAUGGUGCUGGCAUUCUGCAUCUCGACCAAUAGAAAUGAAGCACUCUGUCUUAUAGUUGCUUCUUGACCAAUAAGACUUAAGCAUUCUGUUUUAUGGAUGCAUCUCAACCAAUAGAAAUUAAGCAAUACUUUUUAUCCUUUAAAGAUGCUGUAGUUAUCGAAACUUGACAAGCAACCAGGUUUCAUUAGUUUUACUUAGUUUUUAGUUUUUCCUGUUGUGGAUUACUGUUUUCUGAUUCAUUUGUCGGGGUUUGUUAUCGAUUGAGACUGUUGAUGUUCAGUUGUACAAUAAGACCUACCCAACAUAGACCUACCCAACAUAGACCUACCCAACAUAGACCUACCCUACAUAGACCUACCCUACAUAGACCUACCCAACAUAGACCUACCCAACUUAAGACCUACCCAACUUAAGACCUACCCAACUUAAGACCUACCCAACAAAAUACCUACCCAACAUAAGACCUACCCAACAUAGACCUACCCAACAUAGACCUACCCAACAUAAGACCUACCCAACAUAAGACCUACCCAACAUAGACCUACCCAACAUAGACCUACCCAACAUAAGACCUACCCAACAUAAGACCUACCCAACAUAGACCUACCCAACAUAGAUCUACCCAACAAAAUACCUACCCAACAAAAUACCUACCCAACAAAAUACCUACCCAACAUAGACCGACCCAACAUAGACCUACCCAACAUAAGACAUACACAACAUAGACCUACACAACAUAGACCUACCCAACAUAGACCUACCCAACAAAAUACCUACCCAACAAAAUACCUACCCAACAUAGACCUACCCAACAUAAGGCCUACCCAACAUAGACCUACCCAACAUAGACCUACCCAACAUAAGACAUACCCAACAUAGACCUACCCAACAUAGACCUACCCAACAUGAGACCUACCCAACAUAGACCUACCCAACAUAGACCUACCCAACAUGAGACCUACCCAACAUAGACCUACCCAACAUAGACCUACCCAACAUAGACCUACCCCACAUAGACCUACCCAACAUAGACCUACCCAACAUAUACCUACACAACAUAGACCUACCCAACAUAAGACCUACCCAACAUAGACCUACCCAACAUAGACCUACCCAACAUAAGACCUACCCAACAUAAGACCUACCCAACAUAGACCUACCCAACAAAAUACCUACCCAACAUAAGACCUACCCAACAUAAGAUCUACCCAACAUAGACCUACCCAACAAAAUACCUACCCUACAAAAUACCUACCCAACAAAAUACCUACCCAACAUAAGACCUACCCAACAUAGACCUACCCAACAUAAGACCUACCCAACAUAAGACCUACCCAACAUAAGACCUACCCAGCAUAAGACCUACCCAACAUAGAACCUACCCAACAUAGACCUACCCAACAUGUAUUGGAAAAAAAUGUUCAAUAAAUGUUUUUUUAUCAUG